AUAGUAAUUUCUUGCUUUUAUUUAUAUUGAUCGCUCCUCGUAUUUUGGAGAUACGUUUUCAAGAGAUCAAUAAAGUUCAAUGUUAUCUGUUCUGAUGUAGUCAUAAUAAGUAACAAACUAAAAAACACAAAGUAGUGCCCAAAUUAAUCGGUAGCCAUAAUUAAAACUAAUCUCUCUUUUUGAUUUGUUAAUUACAUUAAAUAAUAAUAAUAAUUAUUAUUAUUAUAAACUUGAUUUCCUAAUUAAAGGAGUUGUUGACAAAACACAACAAAACAUUGAAGAUGUUACAACGGAAAAGUGUAUUAUUUGCUAUAGGGGAAGCAGAACAUGUCGUUGAUGUUCAGGACAUUGGACCUGAAACUACACUCAACACAUAUCUUAGAGAAAAAACAUUCCUAACUGGUACCAAAAGAAUGUGUUUGGAAGGUGGCUGUGGAGCAUGUACGGUAGCUGUGGAAGCGAUUAUUCGUGGGAAGAAAAAAGUGUUUUCAGUGAAUUCUUGUUUGGUAUCUAUUUUGUCAUGUCACGGAUGGAAAAUUCACACUAUAGAAGGUAUAGGUAAUUCUUUGAUGGGUUACCAUGAGAUCCAAAAAAAUUUAUCUGAGAAUUAUGGUACACAAUGUGGAUUUUGCUCCCCCGGUAUGGUUAUGAACAUGUUCGCUCUGCAGGAAUCGGGUCAAGCAACGAAAGAACACAUUGAGAAUUCUUUUGGUGGGAAUAUUUGUAGAUGUACUGGAUACAGACCCAUAUUACAUGGUUUCAAAAAGCUUGCUUCUGGAAGUAAUGAAAUAAAAUUACAAGGUGAAGAAAUACCUGAUAUUGAGGAACUGCAACUUUGCUCGGAAUAUUCACAAAAAAAUUGUACCAAAUCCCUCAAAAAGCCUAAAAAAAAUUUUCUCAUGCAGGCAAAAGAAUCGAAGUGGAUAAGAGUCCACACUUUGCAGGAUUUAUUGGAAGUUCUGAAAAUAUCUGAUGUCAAAAACUAUAUGUUGGUUAGUGGUAAUACUUCUAGAGGUGUAUUUAAGGACACUUCAAUCCCAGACUUAUAUAUAGAUAUAAAAGACACCUUUGAGUUAAUAGAAUUUUCCGGAAACGGUGAUAUGCUGAAUAUCGGUGGCAACGUGAAUUUAACGGAUUUUGCUGAUAUUUGUCUAAAAAUGUCGGAAAAUAAGAAAUUUUCAUACCUAAAACAGAUAGUGAAGCAUAUAGACUUGGUAGCUACUGUUCAGAUCAGAAAUGUUGGAAGUAUAGCUGGUAAUUUGAUGAUGAAGUAUCAGCACAACGAAUUUCAAUCAGAUAUUUUUUUAUUACUGGAAACUUUCAAUGCUACGAUAGUAAUUGUUGACGUCGAUUCCAAUGAAAUAUUUGUAUCGCCACAAGCUUUCCUUAAAACCGAUAUGAAAAAAAAAGUAAUUAAAAAUAUUGUAUUCAACGCUUUGGAUGAUUCAUACGUAUUUUCAACAUUCAAGAUAAUGCCAAGAGCACAAAAUGCGCAUGCUAUGGUUAAUGCUGGGUUUCUAAUUAAACUCUUAAAUGGUACUGUCAAAUUAGCGAGAAUAAUUUAUGGUGGCAUUAAUCCCAAAUUUAUUCAUGCUACGCAAACCGAGAAAAUGUUAAUAGGCAAACAAUUGUACGAUGAGACUGUACUACAAAAUGUAUUUGAGUCGCUUGAUGAAGAAAUUAAUCCCGAUUAUGUUCUUCCCGACCCGACACCUGGCUUUAGAAAAAAUUUGGCUAUAUCUCUGUUUUAUAAAUUUGUUUUGAAGACAUGCCCCCCAGAAAAGGUGAAUGUUAAGUACAGAAGUGGUGGCGAUCUUUUCAAUAGACCGUUAUCGACUGGAACCCAGGAGUUUGGAACCGAUAAAAAACUUUGGCCUCUAACACAACCUAUACCCAAACUUGAAUCAUUGGCUCAAUCUUCUGGACAGAUGGAGUAUAUUAUGGAUAUGCCAAAACUACCAAAAGAAGUCCAUGCUGCACUAGUUACCGCUAAAGCACCAGCAGGAUCUAAAAUACUCAGUAUAGAAACCUCCACAGUGUUGAAAUUACCGGGAGUUAUAGCAUUUUUUGACAAAAAAGACAUUCCUGGUAGGAAUGUUUUCACACCACUAGAUAGUACCAUGUAUUUCUCUGUGGAGGAAGAAUUAUUUUGCAGUGGUAUAGUACAAUACUACAAUCAAGUAAUAGGAAUCAUUAUAGCAAAAACCGAAGAAAUUGCUUGGAAAGCUGCGGACUUAGUAGAAGUCAAAUAUGCACCACCUACGAAUAAAGCUUAUUUGGAUGUUAGAGAAGUUGUUGCGGAUAAUAUAACUAACAGAAUCACACAUAUAAGCACACUUUUACCAAAAGAAAAAGGAAAAGAUAUCAUCAAAGUGAUAAAAGGAGACUUUUAUAUUGGAAUGCAAUAUCAUUAUCAUAUGGAAUUACAGUCUUGUAAAGUUGUACCACUUGAUGAUGGAGGUAUUGAUAUUUUUUCCACCACUCAGUGGAUGGAUGCAAAUCAGCAAGGAGCUUCGACUGUUUUGAAUAUGCCAACAAAUAAAAUCAAUAUCAAGGUUAGGCGACUUGGUGGAGGUUUUGGGGCGAAGAUCUUAAGAAACACAUUAAUAUCGACAGCUACUGCUCUAGCCGCUGUCAAACUUCAAGUACCAGUAAAUAUGAUACUCCCUCUGGAAAGUAACAUGGAUGUCUUAGGAAAACGUUAUCCCUUGUUUACAAAAUACGAGGUAGGAGUAAACGCAUCAGGGGUUAUUCAAUAUCUAGAAGCCGAACUUUAUUCUGAUAUGGGUAUUGGAGGAAAUGAACCAUUUGAAUCUUUGAUGGUUGCUAGUUUUCAAAAUUGCUAUGAUUCCAGGACUUGGGAGUUUUCAACAUAUGCUGUUAAGACGGACAUGCACGCCAAUUGUUAUACAAGAGCACCUGGAACCGUCGAAGGUACAGCCGCAAUUGAAGCAAUUAUGGAACAUAUAGCUCUAACAAUGAAUUUAGAUCCUAUAGAAGUGAAAUUAUCGAACACUAAUACUCAAUUAUCUCCAGAUAUGCCAAAUUAUUUCACCAAUUUGAAAACGUGGGCUAAUAUUGACGCCAGGAGAGCAGACAUAGAAUUUUUCAAUAAGGCUAAUAGAUGGCGAAAAAGAGGUUUAUCCGUUGUACCAUUAAGAUGGGUGUUGGAAGUUUAUGUAAACUACACUGUUAUUGUUUCUAUUUAUCAUGGAGAUGGUGGAGUUGCUAUAUCCCACGGAGGAGUUGAAAUGGGACAAGGUAUUAAUACUAAGGUUAUUCAAGUAUGCGCAUACAAAUUUGGAAUAGAUGUGAGCAAAGUUAGUGUAAAACCGAAUUAUAAUUUCGUAGCUCCCAAUUGCUCUAGUUCUGGAGGUAGCUUAACCAGUGAAGCUAUUUGUUAUGCCGUUAUUAGAGCAUGCGAUACACUCUUGGAGAGAAUGAAACCAAUAAAAGACAAAAUGAAGAAUCCUACUUGGGUUGAUGUUGUUAAUGCCUGUUUUGAUGCCCAAAUUCAACUGUGUGCUACAGGAUAUUUCAAUGGAACAUCGCCUGGUAUUGUGAGUUAUCCAAUAUUUGGAAUAUGUGCUACGUCAGUAGAAGUGGAUAUACUGACAGGACAACAACAAAUUCUACAAGUUGACAUAAUUGAAGAUUUGGGCCAAAGUAUGAGUCCUUUAAUAGAUAUUGGACAAAUUGAGGGAGCUUUCGUUAUGGGAAUUGGUUACUACACAACAGAAGAGUUGAUUUAUGACUCAGAAGGCAAAUUAAUGACAAAUAGAACAUGGACGUAUAAACCACCAGGCGCUAAGGAUAUACCAAUAAACUUUAGAAUAAAGUUUACUGAGAACAGUGAAAAUCCUGUUGGUGUUCUGAAAUCAAAAGCUGUUGGUGAACCACCAAUCUGUCUCUCGAUUGCGGUACCUUUGGCAAUUAGAAAUGCUUUAAGCUUUGCUAAGAAAGAAACUAAUCCCACCAACACGGAUUGGAUACCAUUUGAUGGUCCUACAACUGUAGAGAAAACGUUUUUAUAUGCAAAAAAUAAUUAUAAGCAGUACGUUUUACAUUAGAUAUAAGUGAUUACUUAUCUCUCAUUUAUAUAACAAAUAAAAUUACUUGAAUAGAACUGAA